AUGACCGACAAUAACACCUCAAACAAGACGAGUCAUCCAUCCACCUCCGCUGCCAACGAGAGCACCCUCCAGACACCAGGUGAUGUCCGCCCGUGUCAACGUUGCCCCAAUCCAACAGGUCACCCGGCCGACCGUUGUCCCCUACGACCUCUGUCGACCGGGGUGAGACGCGCUACUCCCACGGUCACCACUCGACCCGGCCCCGGGAGCGCUACAACACCCACCUUAGUGGUUUCUGUCGGCGGAGCUCAUAUUUGGCACUACGGCGGUGGCAGCGCCACGGUUAACAUCCAGAUUCCCGCGGUUGCGAUCGAGCCACCGACGAUUGCCAUCCAGGUGCGCGACAAGCAGAGACGCAGGCGUAGAAAGAGACCAAACAAAGCCGCUAGAAGGGCUCAAAAGGCUGCAGAAGAGACCAAUGCUCAAGAGCAUACCCCCGCAGCGGUGAAAGCGGAGGAUAAUGAUGACAAGGCGGUCCAGUGA